AUCAUGAAGUCUAUUGCAGGAAGUAGGGGAAAAGUCAAGGUAAACGCGAUCAGUUUACCUGCAGAAAGGCUGUCUUUUCAGGAUGUCCGCGCCUUUGUCGUUCGCUGGAAAAGUUAUUCUUGUGACGGGAGCUGGCGGUGGACUUGGGAGAGAAUAUGCCUUAGCUUUUGGAGAAAGAGGAGCCUCUGUUGUUGUGAAUGACCUUGGGGGUGAUAUAAAGGGAGGUGGAAAGAGUUCAGCAGCUGCUGAUAGAGUAGUAGAAGAGAUUAAAGCUAAAGGUGGGAGAGCUGUGGCAAAUUAUGAUUCAGUAGAAGAUGGUGAAAAACUAAUCCAGACUGCUUUGGAUGCAUUUGGACGAAUAGAUAUUGUGAUAAAUAAUGCUGGGAUACUGCGUGAUCGAACUUUUGCUAGAACAAGUGACCUUGACUGGGACCUCAUUCACAGAGUGCACUUGAGGGGUUCGUUCUUAGUCACCCGGGCAGCAUGGAAUCACAUGAAGAACCAAAAGUUUGGGAGAAUCAUCAUGACGUCAUCGGCUUCUGGAAUCUAUGGGAACUUUGGUCAGGCAAAUUACAGUGCUGCUAAGCUGGGCCUUCUGGGUCUAGCCAACACUUUGGCCAUUGAAGGCCAGAAGUACAACAUUCACUGCAACACCAUUGCGCCUACAGCAGGCUCACGUCUCACUCAGACCGUCAUGCCACCAGAUCUGGUGGAGUCUUUGAAAGCAGAGUAUGUGGCUCCUCUUGUGCUGUGGCUCUGCCAUGAACAGUGUCGGGAGAAUGGAGGCCUUUUUGAGGUUGGAGCUGGCUGGAUCGGCAAAUUGCGGUGGGAGCGAACUAUGGGCAGUAUUGUCCGUCGUAAAAACCAGCGCAUGAGUCCAGAGGAGGUUCGGGAUAAGUGGGACCAGAUCUGUGACUUCACCAAUGCCACAAAGCCAGCUACUAUGCAAGAGUCAAUACAUUUGCUGGUGGAUGUGCUGUCGAAAGUGGAGGCUGAGGAUGGACUUGGAGCCAAUCCAACCGCUGCUGUGACCUCAGCAUCAUCUGGCAUAAAUCCUAUAGAGGUCAUUGGGAAGGUGCUUCCCGAGAUGACAUUUAGCUAUACUAGCAUGCAUUGCAUCCUAUAUGCCCUUGGAGUGGGCAUGUCUACUAGAGAGCCCAGUCAGCUGAAGUUCCUCUAUGAAGGUCACGAGGAGUUCAGUUGCCUGCCUACAUUUGGAGUCAUCCCAGCUCAAGCUUCUAUGGUAGACGGAGGACUCAGUUCUGUUCCAGGGCUCAAUUUUGAUCCCACCAGGCUCUUACAUGGAGAACAGUACUUGGAGUUGUACAAACCUUUUCCUACAUCAGGAACACUGACCUCAAAGGCAUCAAUAGCAGACAUCCUCGACAAAGGGUCUGGUGCAGUCAUACUCUUAGAUGUUCACACAUACAGCAAGCAGGAGUUGGUCUGCUACAAUCAGUUCUCAGUGUUUAUUGUUGGUGCUGGUGGUUUUGGAGGAAAGAGGACAUCAGAUAAAGCUGUGGCCACAGUUGCACCUCCAAAUAGAUCACCUGAUGCAGUUGUGGUUGAUGAAACAUCCAGAGAUCAGGCUGCUUUGUACAGGUUGAGUGGUGACUGGAACCCACUUCACAUAGACCCAAGCUUUGCAGCAAUGGGAGGGUUCAAAUCUCCCAUACUGCAUGGACUGUGCUCAUUUGGAUUUGCUGCACGCCAUGUCCUGAGGCAGUAUGCUGGAAAUGAUGUUUCCAGAUUCAAAUCUAUUAAGGUGCGAUUUCUGAAGCCAGUGUUUCCAGGCCAGUCUCUGCAGACAGAAAUGUGGAAAGAGGGAACCAGAGUUCACUUCCAAUGCAAAGUGAAGGAGACAGGAGCUGUUGUGUUAUCUGGUGCAUAUAUAGAUUUACAUGCAGUUCCUAGUGCUGUUGCCAGCACUUCUCUAGCAGAGGCUAGUGGACUUCAGAGCGACUUGGUGUUUGCUGAAAUUGGACGCCGGAUCAAAGACUUGGGUGCUGAACUUGUGAAAAAAGUUAACGCUACUUUUGGAUGGGAAAUUACCAAAGGAGGCAAAACAGCUGCCCAGUGGACCAUUGAUCUAAAAACAGCACAGGGUGCACUUCAUAAGGGUCCCUACAGUGGCAAAGCCGAUGUGACAUUUACUGUGGCUGAUGAGGAUUUCAUGGAUGUAGUGCUGGGGAAGCUCAACCCUCAGAAGGCAUUUUUUGCUGGCAAAUUGAAAGUCAGAGGAAAUAUCAUGCUGAGCCAGAAACUGGAGACAAUACUGAAGGAUUAUGCCAAGCUAUGAGUAGUCAAAUAAUCCAGUGCCUUAGAGAAAUGCAGACUGCAUGACCAUUUUACUGAAGACAUGAGAUUUAAAAUCAAGCAUCUACAAAUCACUAAUAACAGGAAGAAAAUGAAACUUUUUUUUGGGGGGGAGGGGGGAUAGGUCAUGUUCAUGUAAAGAACAGAAUUGAGUUUUAAUUUGUUUCUCUGAGCCAGAUUUCAGUAUAUUACACCUUUUUAGUAUUUUUCUUUAAUUACAGUUAGGCUUGUCCAAACCUAUGAUGGGAAAAGUGAGACAGGUAACAUUUUCAGACUAUAAGACACUGUCAACUUAAGCUGACUUUAACCUGACUAGUUCUGGAAAAAGGAGUAAUUAUGCAGUCAUUUAAAUGCCAGAGUUCGAUAUUGCUAGGAAGAUUAUUCAGUCACAUCCCAUCAAUGAAUGUGCGAUUUAUAAAUACAACAGAAGGCAUCUUUUUGAUUCAAUAAUUAUGAAAGACUAAUAAGAGAAUCUGGUCUAAUCUUAUUAAAAAGUUGCUUGUAUCAAAAUUGAUUUAAUCCUACUUUUUUUUGGUUAAUUUGUAAUAAAUCUCACUUUUGUAAUUGUAAUUUUCUGGAGGAAAGUGCUCACUUUACUUAAAGAAAAAAAUUCACAUGCCCUUAUAAAUGUUGCAGCAAGAUGAUUUAUUAUACCAUUACAUUUCAAUGUACAAUCUUUAUAUCCAUAAUAAAAAUUAGAUGGACUUGCA